AAAAAAAGAAAAGGAUUUUACCCAAAAUCUCCGAUAUUCUUAUUCCUUUGCUGUAUCAUCUUCUUCUUCUACUUCGUCCUCAUCAUCGUCACAUAGAUCCUCCUUUUUCGUUAAUUGGGGAGAGAUAUACUUUCUUUUGAGGAUCAGAUCGUGACAGGGUUUAGCUCAAGGAGAGGGUGAGAAAAAGAAGAAGAAGGUGAGAAAAGUGAAGGCAAGGCUUUGAGGAUGUCUUUUACAGGAACUCAACAGAAAUGCAAGGCUUGUGAGAAGACUGUUUAUGCUGUUGAGCUUCUCUCUGCUGAUGGAGUUGGAUAUCACAAGUCUUGCUUCAAAUGCACUCACUGCAAAAGCAGGCUUCAGCUGAGUAGUUACUCAUCAAUGGAAGGUGUUUUGUACUGUAAGCCUCAUUUUGAGCAGCUCUUUAAGGAGAGUGGUAGUUUCAACAAGAACUUUCAGUCACCUGCAAAAUCGGCUGACAAAUCAACUCCUGAGCUGACAAGGACGCCUAGCCGAGUUGCUGGCAGGUUCUCUGGUACACAAGAGAAAUGCGCCACUUGUAGUAAAACUGUGUAUCCUAUUGAAAAGGUUAUAACUCGUUUAAUCUUUCAUUGCUCUUCCUUCACUCAUGCAUUUUCCAUUAACUGAAGCUUUGGAAUCACCUUUCUGCACUCUAAGGUCUAUGUUGGAGUAUUACUCUAAAACACAGUUCCAUCAUUUGCAAGAAUUCUCCUGUGUUUUCUAUUUCAUGUUGAGGAUAGAUACAUAAUCCCCUCAGUUACCGAGAACUUGCAAGGAAACCAAAUGUUUUGCACAGAUGCAUAGACCCUGGAGAUAUCGGUUCUUGUUACUUUAAUUUGCAUGUUAAACCUAUAAAGGAGACUUAAUAUGAAAACUCUUUAUGGGAUUUUUAAAAGCUAUUUGGUCACAAAUAUCCGUCUUUUUCGAUUCUGAAAUAUGCAGGUAACAGUCGAGAGCCAGACAUAUCACAAGUCCUGCUUCAAGUGCUCACAUGGAGGUUGCCCAAUUUCACCUUCCAACUACGCAGCUCUUGAAGGAAUCCUGUACUGCAAGCACCAUUUCGCUCAGCUCUUCAAGGAGAAGGGAAGUUACAACCACUUAAUCAAAUCCGCUUCCAUCAAACGCUCUGCAGCCGCAGCAGUCGCCGCCGGUGUACCAGCAGCCUCCGUUCCUGAAUCUUAAAAUCCAAUAAUUUCUCCUCUCUAGUCUAAAAUUUGAAGUUAAUGCCAAACUGAUUCAGUUUGAUUUCUCUUUGUGAGAGCGUGUGUGUAAUCUAUGCUUUGAUGUUCUUAUUUCCAUUGAUGUCUCCUAAAAUUCUAUGUUUGUGUGGUGAUUUGGUUAUCUAUAAAAAGUCUGAAACUUUCCUUAUAAAUCUUCAAUUUCGUUU